AAAUAAGUUGACUAUUUUUUUGCCGUCACACAAAAACAAACAGAAAAAAAUACGAAAAUUAUUAGAAAAGUAAAUAGAAAUAGAAGGGGCAGCAUUCACGGUAUCCAGCAGCAAAGAUGGUUUGUUGUGCACGGGGCAGUCAGCAGGACUUGACAUACAACAAUGCGUUCGAGGAUAAGUCAACUAGGCGCAGCUUCAUAAUGAAAGUCUGCACAAUAACGGCAUUUAUGCUGCUGGCGACGACAGGAGUCAUGGCCAUCUUUGUGACGAACGAUGAUGCCAAAGAUUGGCUGCUCAAACAUUUGUGGCUUGUCAUUAUAGCCGUGUGCGUGCAGAUGGUAAUUCUGAUAAUGGUCUGCUAUUGCCCAUUUUUAUUCCGCAAGAAGCCAAUCAAUUAUGUACUCCUCUCGAUAUUUGUCGCUGCGGAGAGCAUAACAUUAUCCUUUAUAACAAUGCGAUAUUUGCCCGCUCAGGUGCUAAUGGCCAUUGGUUAUACGGGUCUCCUGGUGACGGCUCUGGCCCUGUUCGCACGGUUCGCUCCCUGCGACUUUACCGGCUGUGGUCCAUAUUUGCUGGUCCUGUUCCUUGUGAUGUUGAUAAUGGGCAUUGUGAUGAUCUUCUACCGGUCGUAUUGGCUGCUCUGUGUAUACUGCAGCCUGGGCAUAUUGGUGUACUCGUUAUAUCUGGUUGUGGACAUACAGAUGAUGAUUGGCGGCACACAUAAGAACCAGUACAGUGAGGAGGACUACGUACUGGCCGCCCUCUCCAUCUACAUUGACAUUGUUCAUCUGUUUAUAUACAUACUCAUGUUGAUUGGCCUACUUGAUGAGUAGUUUGAGUUUCGACUGUUUAUUUGCUGCUAAUACAAAAUUUGUAAAUGUAUUUUAAUUAA